UAAUAACAGUGAGCCGCCAUCACGAGAUAAACAGUAGCAGCUUCCGCAGUAAACUUCGCCUUAUAAAACGACCCAGCGCUGUUCUAUGUUGUUGUUUGCCUGAAAUCCUCCGAAAAUGGCUCCGUGGGUUUCUCUGGCUGUGGCGGCUUUACUGUCCGUCUCCGCGGCGCAGUUUAUACCACCAUACACAGAAGACUGUCGGACAGACAUGUAUCCGCCAAACGGCCCCACGUUCAGAGGAGCGGUCAGCUGGUACACAGUGGACCUGGACCUGCCGCCCAGCAAGAGAUGGACGGCUGUGAUCACUGCCAAGAAGACAGAUCUCGUCAACAUGAUUCAGGCCAUCAAAGAUUUAGCUAAUGCUUUUGUGCCCAGUGGAAAGCUGAUAGAGCUGGUUGACAUUACACUGCCUUUAAUGGUGGACACGCUCCCCAGCCCGUUCGGUGAGGAAAUUAAAGGCAUUGCCACGGUUUCAGGGGUUCCUCUUGGGGAAGUUGUCUUGUUCAACAUCUUCUAUGAGGUGUUCACUGUGUGCACAUCGAUUGUUGCACAAGACAGUAAAGGGACCCUUUAUCAUGGCAGGAAUCUGGAUUUCGGUUUAUUUUUGGGCUGGGAUGUGAAAAACAAAUCCUGGAUCAUUGCUGAGAAGCUGAAGCCUCUGGUGGUCAACCUCGACUUCCAGAGAAAAAACCAGACGGUCUUCAAGUCCACAAACUUUGCUGGAUACGUUGGCAUGCUGACUGGCAUCAAACCCCACACAUUUAGUCUGACUAUGAAUGAGCGCUUCAGCCUCAAUGGAGGAUACAUUGGAAUUCUGGAGUGGAUCCUGGGACAGAGGGAUGGAAUGUGGAUGAGUUUCCUCACUCGCUCUGUGUUAGAAAAGGCCAGCAGCUAUGAGGAGGCCAAGAAACUCCUGGCUCAGACCAAGCUGCUGGCUCCAGCGUAUUUCAUCCUGGGAGGAAACCAUUCGGGCCAGGGCUGCGUCAUCACCAGGUCCAGAGAGCUCAGCAUUAAUAUCCUGGAGAUUGACCUGAAACAAGGCCGAUGGUACGUCCUGGAGACAAACUACGACCACUGGAAGGAGCCCUUUUUCCUGGACGAUCGCAGGACUCCUGCCAUGAAGUGUAUGAACCAGACCACACAGGCGAACAUCUCUGUAAAGACCAUGUAUGAUGUGCUCUCAACCAAACCAGUGUUAAAUAAGUUGACCACAUACACAACACUGAUGCAAGUGUCUGAAGGCAAACUGGAGUCAUUUAUCCGUGACUGCCCGGACCCAUGCAUGCCCUGGUGAUCCUGUGAAGCCUGAUUGCUUUUCAAAGGCCUUUUGGAACAACACGUCCGAUUAUUCCAUUAAGAUACUAACUACCUGAACCAAAGUUUGCCUCUACUGCUUUGACAAUGCUGAAUCCCACUGACCUAGAUCAAAGUGAUUCAAACCUGUGACUGUUUUGAUUUUACAGCCCUGUAUUAAUUGCAGGCAGAUCUCGACUUGGAUGUAGGAACCCCUGAAAUCAAUGCUCCUGUACAUAAUGUAAUACAUUUUCCCAAUUACCUCUUUGUGACUACUACAUACAAGUGGCAGAAGUCCAGCUUUACUUGGUUUAAGACUAAACCUUUAAGAUUUUGUUUAAGAAUAACUGUAAAUGUCUGAACCAUUAUUAAAAAAAAUUACAAUUUCA